CACAAAGCUGGGUGGAGAGACAAGAUACCAAUCAAAAUACUGUUUGGAGUUUGCUAGCCAUGCUUUAGCAUACAAGACAUGCUGGCUGAGCACUAGAUAAGCACUCCUUACCUUCUCAUAGAUUCAUCUGAGCCACAGACUCACGCAAUACCCUCUCAUCUGUCAUUUAUGACCCUUGCCAAGAUGCCAGCGCCAAAGUUAGUGCUGUGGCAUUUUUGGUGACGGGGGACAGUGUGCGUGCGGGCGCAUCCAGGCGAGGCCGGAGGAUUGGUGGGUGGACAAACGCACCACGAGGCUUUUUUGGUGGGUGUGGUUGAAGCAUGCGGCCCUGGGCAGGUUCCUGGCGUUGGAUUACCCUGGUGCUGUUAGCCUGGGGCACACUCCUCUUCUACAUCGGUGGUCACUUGGUGAAGGACAGCGAGCACCCAGAGCGGUCCAGCAGGGAACUCUCCAAGAUCCUGGCCAAGCUGGAGCGACUUAAGCAGCAGAAUGAAGAUCUACGACGCAUGGCUGAAUCUCUCAGGAUACCAGAAGGUCAGGCAGAAGCUGGGUCCCUGGCAGCAGGAAGGCUACGCUCCCUGGAGGACCAGCUUACCAGAGCCAAACAGCAGAUCCACAGCUUCCAGAAACUCACCGGAGAUGGCCCCGGGCCCACUCAGGAGGAGCUGCGGAGAAAGGCGGAGAACGGUGUUAAAGAGUUCUGGUACUUUGUGCGCAGCGAGGUGAAGAAACUGUCCAGUGUUGAACCCAGCGAGAGGCAGAAAUAUGCUGAUUCACUCCUGCAGGACCUCGGACACCAGGAGAGGUCCAUCAUGACAGACUUGUACUACCUCAGCCAGGCCGACGGAGUUGGUGAUUGGAGAACGAAGGAAGCUAAAGACCUGUCGGAUCUGGUCCAGAACCGAAUCACUUACCUACAGAACCCCCCAGAUUGCAGCAAGGCAAGAAAACUGGUGUGUAACAUCAAUAAGGGCUGUGGUUACGGCUGCCAGCUGCACCAUGUCGUCUACUGCUUCAUGAUCGCUUAUGGCACCCAGCGCACGCUCAUACUGGAAUCACACAACUGGCGCUAUGCCCCUGGCGGCUGGGAGACGGUCUUUCUGCCGGUCAGUAACACUUGCACUGACCGGUCUGGAGCUUCCACAGGACACUGGUCAGGUGAGGCUCAUGAUAAGGACGUUCAAGUUGUGGAGUUGCCCAUCGUCGACAGUCUCCACCCUCGACCCCCUUACUUACCACUGGCGGUCCCCGAGGACUUGGCUCCGCGUCUUCAACGUCUGCAUGGUGACCCGUCUGUCUGGUGGGUGUCCCAGUUCGUGAAGUACCUGGUGCGCCCUCAGGCGUGGCUCGAGAAGGAGAUCCAGCAGACUACUGCCAAACUGGGCUUCAAACAUCCCAUCAUUGGAGUCCAUGUAAGGAGGACAGAUAAAGUGGGGACUGAGGCGGCCUUCCAUCCCAUAGAGGAGUACAUGCUGCACGUCGAGGAACAAUUCCAACUUCUUGCCAGACGUGUCCACGUUGACAAGAAGCGCGUUUAUCUGGCCACUGAUGAUCCCUCCCUGCUGCAGGAAGCUAAAACCAAGUAUCCAGACUAUGAAUUCAUCAGCGAUAACUCCAUCUCGUGGUCGGCCGGCCUUCACAACCGUUACACCGAGAAUUCGCUAAGAGGCGUCAUCCUGGACAUCCACUUCCUGUCUCAAACCGACUUCCUGGUCUGCACCUUCUCCUCACAGGUCUGCCGUGUGGCCUACGAGAUCAUGCAGAUGCUGCAUCCAGAUGCCUCCUCCUUCUUCUACUCCCUGGACGACAUCUACUACUUUGGAGGUCAGAACGCCCACAAUCAGAUUGCCAUCUACCCGCACCAGCCACGCAACAGCGAGGACAUCCCCCUAGAGCCCGGCGACGUGAUCGGCGUAGCCGGCAACCACUGGGACGGCUACUCCAAAGGCAUCAACCGUAAACUAGGUCGCACUGGCCUCUACCCCUCCUACAAGGUCAAGGAGAAAAUCGAGACCGUGAAGUACCCACUGUAUCCUGAGGCGGACAAACUGCUCAACUCUCAAAACAAGUAGAGGAUAAUAGAAAGAAAAAAAAGAAGAAGAGCAUGGAGAGCCACGUAGUCUCCGGUUGCAGAAAAGGAGGCUGCUUUUGUACAGAAGAGAGGCGUUCUCAUUGUGCUGAGCUGAGAAGAAAAGAAAAGGCCUUUACCCAGAGGUGAUAGGAAUACGAAUGCACUCUGUGUGUAUGUGUGCGUGUGUGUGUGCGCGCGUGUGUGUGCGAGGGAACGUGUGUGCACUUGUGUAACAUAUGUCAGGUCAUGGAAGACUUGCACCCUACCACUGCUCCCCUGCCCGACGUCGUCACGUCGGGUCUGUAGAGACGUAGACGUGAACAUUGAUUUUUAAAUAAAGCAAGAAAACAAUUAAAGUGUCCAACGGACCGAGCUCGUCCUCCUGAGACGACACUGGGACUACUGUAAGACUGGA